CAUCUCAACGUGAAUCCAUCGUCGUAGUUUCCCAAUUGACCACCAGACAAGGGGGUCUAACCCCGAACCUGCUUGGUCCCAAUUCCCCCGGAUUUUCUCUAAUGAUGUUCAUGCACCUUCCCGUCACCGGAAUCUAAUCGCACGGAGUUACCGACGCUGAUUACAUACAUAACUCAACAUCUUCUGGUAUUAGUGAUUUUGUGCAAAAUCGAAAGAGUAGGGCAACCCGGGGCUUCCCCUCACCUCUGAGAAUUUUCGACAAUGAACCUCUCAACCCUCGGCGUCCUCGCCGUCAUCCUACCUCUUCUCUACAUGUACACGGCCUCCGUCGCGCAAACGCGCCUACCCACGCUACGCAACAAGCGCAUCUGCCUCCUGAUCGCACAUCCCGACGAUGAGGCUAUGUUCUUUGCGCCUACCGUGCUAGCCCUAACUCGCCCCGAGUCUGGCAACCGUGUCAAGAUCCUAUGUCUGAGCUCUGGAAAUGCCGACGGUCUCGGUGAGGUCCGUAAGAAGGAGCUUGUAAAGAGCGGCUUGUUGUUAGGCCUUAAGCACGAGGAUGAUGUUUUAGUUAUAGAGAGCCCCGAUUUCCAAGACUCCAUGAGCAUAACCUGGGACGCCAACAAAAUCUCCUCCCUCCUCACCUCCGCCUUCGUACCGAACCUCACGAGCCAAAAAUCCUCCUCCAACACCAACCCCACUGCCAAUAUCGACGCCCUCCUAACCUUCGACGCGAACGGUAUAUCCUCCCACCCGAACCACAUAUCCCUAUACCACGGCGCGCGCGCCUUCGUCUCCUCUCUAACACGAGGGAAACCCGGCUGGGCCUCCCCCGUCGACUUGUACACACUAACCACAGUCUCCUUGCCGCGCAAAUACCUCGGUUUCCUCGACGUCUUUGGCACAAUAUUAUCAUUGAUCGUGGGUGGCGGAGGCGGGCGUAAGAGCGACAAAGGCAACCCAGGGGCACUUGUCAGCAUGAGCUCGUUAGUGGGCGGGGGUCGCGAGAGCUACAGCGUGGCGCGGCAGGCUAUGACAGAGGCGCACAAGAGUCAGAUGGCCUGGUUUCGGUGGGGGUGGAUCGCGCUGAGCCGGUAUAUGUACAUCAAUGACUUAAGACUAGAGAGGGUCAAGUCGUGACAAUCCUUACUCCGGUGGAAAAUAGUGAUUAAAGCCAAUAGUAAGUAUAAUUAUAUAUCACGCCAUAUGUAUGAGAAUAUGAGACACCAAAGAGAGCGAUUUGUAUAUACUGGAUAUAGUUUUACAUCUAUAUAGCAAAGACCUAGGCACCAUUGCCUGAAGGGCUGCAUUUCAAUUCUUACCAGAAA